CUGGGCUUCGAGAGUUUGCGCCGCGCUCUCUCUCUCUUUCUCUAACUUUUCAGGUAAAGCUCCUCCAGCUUCUGACAGUUGUUUUGUUUGUGCAUCGCUCCCUCCUCCUGCGUGUUUCGUUUCUAGACAUAAGCUUCCUCCGUCUUCCAAGCAGCCAGGGGGUUGAAUCAAAAGGGGGUUGGUUUCACAGUGAGGCGUAAAGGAUGAAGCUUGACGUGAAUGUGCUGAGAUAUCUAUCUAAAGAUGAUUUUAGAGUUCUCACUGCUGUGGAGAUGGGAAUGCGUAACCACGAGAUUGUUCCUUCUGAGCUCGUAGAUCGCAUUGCUGGUCUCAAACAUGGAGGCACAUACAAAGUCCUCAAGAACUUGCUCAAGUAUAAGCUUUUGCAUCACGACCGCUCUAAAUAUGAUGGAUUCAGACUCACUUAUCUGGGAUACGACUUUCUUGCCAUUAAAACAUUGGUCAACCGUGGUGUUUUUACCGGUGUUGGUCGUCAGAUUGGGGUUGGUAAAGAGUCUGACAUAUUUGAGGUGGCUCAGGAAGACGGAACUAUUCUGGCAAUGAAGUUGCAUAGACUAGGGAGAACCUCCUUUAGGGCUGUUAAAUCUAAGCGUGACUACUUGAGGCAUCGCAGUAGUUUCAGCUGGUUGUAUCUCUCCCGUCUUGCCGCUCUCAAGGAGUUUGCUUUCAUGAAGGCUUUGGAAGAACAUGACUUUCCUGUUCCAAAAGCUAUCGACUGCAAUAGGCAUUGUGUUAUCAUGUCUCUUGUGCAAGGAUACCCCAUGGUUCAGGUGAAGCAAUUACAGAACCCUGAGACAAUUUUCGAGAAGAUUAUUGGCAUUGUUGUUCGUUUGGCUGAGCAUGGUCUAAUCCAUUGCGACUUUAAUGAAUUCAACAUCAUGAUUGAUGAUGAAGAAAAGAUUACGAUGAUUGACUUUCCACAAAUGGUAUCUGUUUCACACCAAAAUGCACAGAUGUACUUUGACCGUGAUAUAGAAUGCAUCUUCAAGUUUUUCAGAAAAAGGUUUAAUAUGUCUUUCCAAGAAGAGAGAGAUGAUGAGACAGAGGUGGAAGUGGAUGAGAACAGCAGACCAUCUUUCUUUGAUAUAACCAAAGAUGCCAACGCUCUGGAUAGAGAACUAGAAGCUAGUGGUUUCACUAAAAAGGAGCAGAAUGACCUCGACAAAUUUAUCGAAGGUGGGAUGGAGAAGAAUGAAGAUUCUGACGAGGAUGAGGAAUCUGAUGAUGAAGAGGAGACUGUUGAGUCAAAUGAAGAAGGAAACCUAAAUGAAAUGAGAUCACUACAGUUGCAAGAGGAGGAGCAGAAUAGUUCAAAUGGCGUUGAGGCUGAAGUUGAAUUGGAUGAUAAUAAGAAAGACGAAAGCAGUGGAGAUGAAAACGAAGCUGGAAGAGAUGAGGAGCUGGACAAAAAACUGGGAAAGCAAAGACGCAGAGCCAUGGCAGCAGCCAGGGGAGGUAGAAAGUCACAGUCUUCAAGAAACACAUACAAGGACAAAGGAGGCCGUUCCCAAAACUCCAAGAUCAACAUGAGCGGCUGGUAAUAAACUUAUUAUAGUACACAAAACAAAACUCUGCAAGAUAUUGAAGAAGCCAACAACGUAUGAUUGAUUCUCUCUCAACAAACUAUGGGCUUAAUGGGCCUUUUAAUAUUUUAAACGGGCCAAAUUUUGAUCUUCUAUUGUCUUUUUCGAUAGACUAAAAUGAAAUGAAUAUUCAGUUUCUAUAUACACUAGAUCUUUUCUCCGCGCUACGCGCAGAUUAUGCAAUAUAAAUUUUUUCACGGUCCC